UCGCCAUCCCUGGAGAAGUUCGCGUGUGGUGAAUUGGCGGCGCUGCGGGUGGCGAGAGGACGUCUCAGAGAGUCGUCAAAAAGCUGGAGAAUAAUGGCGUCGGAGGUACAAAUAGUGAUAAAUAGUGAAAAUUUAGCGAAAAUAGAGAACUUCCUCAAUGACUCGGCGUACAAGGAGGUGCUGGAGAACAGCGAGAACUACAACACGCGCCUGUGCAUCGAGAGGCGACUGCGGAUGCCCUUCCUGGACCCGCAAACUGGGGUGGCCCAGAACCAUUGCGCUUUGUUUAUGAAGAGCAGACAGCGGAUGCCCGGCCUCGCGUCGGGGCAGCUGUACUCGUACCCGGCCGCCCGCUGGCGCAAAUCCCGGCGGCAGUACUUGAUCCAGCGCCCGUUCCGGAUGCUGCGCGACGCGGAGCUCGAGAGCGACUUCCACCACGGCGUGCAGGCGCACGACGGCGCCUCGUCGCUGGGCGCCGGCGACACGGACAGCAAAGACAGCCAGAACGUGAAGGAGGACGUGCCCAAGGAGUGGUUCUACGACAUGGAUCUGCACGACAUGGACGGCUUUGACGAUCCAGACUCGGACUUCGACUACGAGGAGCCGUACAGCAUUCGGCGCGCCAAGCAGCGCCGGAAGGCGGGCGACCGGCGCAAGACGAGCGGCGGUGUGUCCGGAGACGGGCUGGUGAAGAAGCCCGGCGCGCGCGGCCGCGGACGACAGAAGAAAAGCCUCGACGUAUCGAUGGAGUCGCCGUCGUCGUCUGGCGGCGCCAAGAAGCCGCGUUUUAUGCUGCCGCACGAUGAUCCGCAGUGCGCCAGCCCCUCCACGGGCUUUCCGCCGCUGCCCGAGUGCCGGCCGCCGAUGCCCAUGUACGAGAGCGCCCCGAUGGAGCCCGAGGAGCGCGCUCCGCCGCCACGCGGCCUCGCAGACAAGGGCAAGGUGGCGCCGUCGCCAUACUGCGACUUCUGCCUGGGCGACGCGCGCGAAAACAAGAAGACGGGCGCCCCGGAGGAGCUGGUGUCCUGCAGCGACUGCGGCCGCAGCGGCCACCCGACGUGCCUCCAGUUCACGGCCAACAUGAUGAUCUCGGUGAAGCGCUACCGGUGGCAGUGCAUCGAGUGCAAGUACUGCUCCAUCUGCGGCACCUCAGACAACGACGACCAGCUCCUCUUCUGUGAUGACUGCGACCGGGGCUACCACAUGUACUGCCUCUCGCCGGCGCUCACGGCGCCGCCCGAGGGCUCGUGGAGCUGCAAGCUCUGCAUCGAGGAGUUCCACACGCCCAAGCCCAAGCACGCGGCCUACGGGCCCAUCGCCACCGGCAGCGGCACGCACUAGGCCUGUCCAGCACGCAGCUACUCUCCAGCCGCCGCGGCUCCGCAGAGGCGCCGGCGGAUCGAAUGUAUUAACUGAGAAGAACGCCAGGGAUAUGUUUAAUAAGUAUGGAUUACAAUCAUUGAAUAACACACGACUUUCACUCGUUCGAGGAGCCUCCAAAGACGCCGGCCAGAAAAUCCUGCGCCGGCCGAAGGCAAUGAGAGAGAAGGAAAUGGUAAGAUAGCACAAAGCACGGUAAGUUUUAAACUGUUUUAUUUGAAUAGAUGAUUUUUGCACUC